AUGGGCAUGCAGUUCGGCGGUCCCUUCCACACCCGUUUCACCAAAAAGCCUCUCCAAGAACUGAUACUCGCUUUGAACAAUAACACGGACAUAGCCCCAAGAAGGUACGAAGGCCAAGAUGUCUACAAAGAUCAUAACGGCAAAAUUAUGGACAUGAGGGGUCGGAUCCAAAAGUUGGCCAUGGACGAGCUCUCAAAGGAAGACGAGGAGAAAGACGCAGCAUUGGGGACGAUUAUUGCGUGCUUGUCGGUACCAUUGCCCCUUUCUACCAUUGCUACCGUUGUUGCCGAGGCCAUACUGCUUUUUGCUCACGGAGAAAUGGACGAAGUGGCUGCGGGAUCCUUGUCACUCUUGGAGUCGAGGGUCAAGAAAUACGGCAAUGCUAUCCUAACAAAAGACAGCAUGUGCAACAAGAAGGCGAAUGCACUAGAAGACGUCAGGCGAAAAUUGGAACAGCUGAAACAGACAAUUCCCAACAUACCCUGGCACACGGUCCUUUUGCCGCCAAGGACAGCGGCUGAAGAGGCGCUAUACGCUCCAUUUCUGCAGCGUCUUCUUGCCAGUCGAGCAGACGACGAGAUUCUCUAUGUUAGGUCGACCCAGCUCCUCGGGCUGGCCCUCCUCAUGAAAUGCUACGGAUGGAUGAUUAACGUUGAAGUCGAGGGUCGAGAAGGAAACAUCGAGUCCCCAUGGGAGAGGAAGACUGGCGCUUUGACUGUAGUAUUUAGUACUCAAUCAUCAAGCAAGCAUCCUGACCGUACCUACAUCGAGAGCCGCGAAGAUAAAGUUAAAUAUCGCCAGAACCGUCGAUUCAAUCAAUCCACGUCCUGCAAAGCCAACAAUUUGAGCAAGAUCGGCGGCCUUGCGAUAUGUGACAACGAACACCAUGCGUACGAUUAUCGGAAGGCUUACUCCAAGGUUCAAAAGACGCUACAAGAAUCCAGCACUCUCGAAUUGUCAUUCGACAAAGAUGUCCUUCGCUGCACCAUGAAGCACAGUUUCGAUGACGAUACAAUUGAUGAACAAUGCCAAGAUUUUGUAAGGACGUUCACAGAAAAUCUGCCCCACUGUGUACAGGACGCUAUCUCGUUGUCACUGGGUGAACAUGACUGGUGUGGUCUCAUGAAGCAGCUUAAGCAUCAGAGUGGGGGGCAAGAGUUGGAUUCGUACCCUUUGUUCCGGAUGGCCACAAAGGCGAAGGAUCCGACCAAGCUGUGGGCUCUCAUGGGAGCUAUCACAGGCGCACACGAUUUUAUUGCCAGAGCUUUGAUAAAUAUUGACGAACAAAGCACAGUGAGAAUUCACACAAGCUUGGGAUUCAUGGAUCCGACACGUGAAGCGAACGUAUUCAUAGAGAAAUUGUUUGGAACCGGAGUAGUCCUUGGAGAGGUCGUACUAUUCUGCGCUGUCAAAUUUGCAGGGAUACAGGCAAGAUCAAGUGGUCUGACAUCGGGCGUUCGGGUCGAAAGUCUGAUAGGGUACUGGAACGGAGAGCAAGGUAUCCUCGCGACCCCAGUCUACGAGCGUACUGCAUACUGGGACCUUGCAGAGGAUAAGAAGCGACCUCUGACGCUACACAACAUGCCGAUUGCGGGCAUGCCUCUGGACGAAGGAGGAUGGAUCAAACCGGGCCACGUUGACCGAGUAAUCCAGCGAGCCUCAUCCACUGCGAGCUUCAACCCGGACAGGGAAAUCCGUCCGUGCGAUGUCAUCAUCGAGUACCGCCCACACUUUGAAAACGACAGUUCUAGUGUUGUUGGUGCUGUGUAUCUCAACGGCGUCUUUCAUAGCCUAUGUUCCUUGGAACGAACCAUGCCGGCUGCUCAUGAGCAUCUCUCCGUAUGCGACCAUACCAACAAACCUCCCGAACCUGCUUCAGCGUACUGGGUCGCCGACAUAGGAUCUUUCGAGACCGGCGUCAUCCCAUAUCUACGCAAUGACAGUGUCGGGGCAGCCGAGCAGCUCCUACUCUUCCAGCCGCAAAACGAUCACGUAUCCCGGUUUGUCACUUCCCAAGUAGUGGAUGGAUACCUUAUGGUUCAAAAAGGUUGCCUGGACUGUGCCGUACGGCAGGCGAAAGACGCGCGAUGCUCUUUUCUGAUUCCCGAAGUGGUGCACUCGACCGCGAUUGGAAAUGCCGUGAGCACGACUUGA